ACAACAAUUGUACAAUUAUUAUUCUAAUUCCAACAAUAUAAAUAACUUGUUCUUCCCCUUUCUUUCUACACCACACCUUUCUCCUUCUCCUUCAUCUUCUUCUUCCAAUACAUUUCCUUACAAACCAAAAUGAUGAACAAAAUAAAACAAUCUCUUGCCGGAAUCUCGAAUUCCGGCAACAAGAAAAAACUCUUCAUCUCCCUUUUCACAACUCUUCUCAUUGUAGCUUCCAUUAUUGCCAUUGUUGCAUCAACAACAAAAAAUUCCAACAAAACCAAAAACAACAACAUUUCUUCAUCUUCUCUUUUACUCUCUCACCAUUCACACACCAUUAUCAAAAAAGCUUGCACAACCACACUCUACCCUGAACUCUGUUUCUCAGCCUUAGCCUCUGAGCCAAACAUAACUCACAAAGUCACAAACCACAAAGAUGUAAUUUCAUUGUCUCUUAACAUCACAAAGAGAGCCGUUGAACACAAUUACUUCACCGUCGAAAAACUUCUCUUGCGAAAAACUCUCACAAAAAGAGAGAAAACUGCUCUUCAUGAUUGUUUAGAAACCAUUGAUGAAACACUAGAUGAACUCAAAGAAGCAGAGGAUGAUCUUGUACUUUACCCAACUAAAAAGACACUUUAUCAACAUGCUAAUGAUCUUAAAACGCUCAUAAGCUCCGCCAUUACCAACCAGGUAACUUGUUUGGAUGGAUUCUCACACGAUGGUGCCGAUAAGCUUGUAAGGAAGGUUCUAGAAGCAGGACAAGUCCACGUGGAACACAUGUGUAGUAAUGCAUUAGCCAUGAUUAAGAACAUGACGGACACAGAUAUAGCUGAAUUUGAACAAACCAAUACGGUGUUAGGAAGUGGAAAAAACAAUAGAAAAUUAUUGGAAGACGAAAAUGGGGUGCAGUGGCCGGAGUGGAUGUCAGUAGGGGACAGGAGGCUACUUCAAGGGGCAGCGGUGAAAGCGGAUGUGGUUGUGGCAGCGGACGGAAGUGGGAACUUUAAGACGGUGUCCGAGGCUGUGGCUGCUGCUCCUUUAAAGAGUAGCAAGAGAUUUGUUAUUAAGAUAAAAGCUGGGGUGUAUAAAGAAAAUGUGGAUGUGCCAAAGAAAGUAACUAAUAUAAUGUUUUUGGGAGAUGGUAGAAGUAAUACUAUUAUUACCGGUAGUAGAAAUGUUGUUGAUGGAAGCACCACUUUUCACUCAGCUACUGUUGCCAUAGUUGGAGGGAACUUUUUAGCAAGAGACAUAACAUUCCAAAACACAGCUGGCCCUUCAAAGCACCAAGCAGUUGCCCUAAGAGUUGGUGCUGACCUAUCAGCCUUCUACAAUUGUGACAUUAUAGCAUACCAAGACACACUUUAUGUUCACAACAAUAGACAAUUUUUUGUAAAUUGUUUCAUCUCUGGUACCGUUGAUUUCAUCUUUGGCAAUGCAGCCGUUGUGUUUCAAAAUUGUGACAUACAUGCUCGGCGUCCUGAUUCAGGACAAAAAAAUAUGGUCACGGCGCAAGGUAGAGUUGAUCCUAAUCAAAACACCGGAAUUGUUAUACAAAAAUGUAGAAUUGGUGCUACUAAAGAUUUGGAGGGUGUGAAGAACAAUUUUCCUACUUUUCUUGGGAGACCUUGGAAGGAAUAUUCAAGGACAGUGAUUAUGCAAAGUAGUAUUAGUGAUGUUAUUCAACCUGUUGGGUGGCAUGAAUGGAAUGGUAAUUUUGCAUUAAAUACUUUGGUUUAUAGGGAAUAUCAAAAUACUGGAGCUGGUGCUGGUACUUCUAAUAGGGUUACUUGGAAAGGAUUUAAGGUCAUUACUAGUGCUUCUGAGGCCCAAAGUUUUACUGCUGGAAGUUUUAUUGGUGGGUCUAGUUGGUUGGGCUCAACUGGGUUUCCUUUCUCUCUUGGGCUAUAAAUUGGUUUUUAUUUGAACCUUUAUUUUUAUUUUUUAUUUUUAAUUAAUUGUCAUCUAUUAAGUGACGGGGAGUUAUAAAGUUAACGGAAUAAAAUUGUAUAAGAGAGGAGAAAAUGGAUAACAAGAGAGAGAUCAUUGAUUAAGAUGAAGUUUUUCUUUUACUUGUAUUGGUUGGAUUAUUUUAGUAAAGUGUCAUGUGCUCUAUAUGUGACUUUAUUUAUUGUGAUAUUGCCAUUGUUUAAAUGAUGAUUAAUGUAUUUUUGAGAUUUUGGUUUGGUCAA